AUGGCCGAGCCCGCGUUACAAUCACUACGCACCAUAAGCGAACAGGUCGGAAGCACCAUCCGUCCGUACGUCAUCCCCUUCGCCGUCAUCCUCGCUAUAGUCGUCCCAAUAAACCUGGCAUUUCAGUCAAACCCCGGUCUGCUCUCCAGCGGCUGGCGCAGCGGGGAAGGCUCGGCAACGUCGCUUCCGUACCAGCCGCCUAGCCUCGGAUGGGCUGCGUUUCUGUUUCCCAGCAUGAGUGGCAUUGACGCGGCCAUUUGUCGUGCAGAGGAGAAUUACUGGGAGAACCUUGUGCUGAGACGGAGGGCGUGCAAGGGAAUGCUGUACCCGCCACCAGUGCAGUACACACCUGUCUUGAUGAAGACCGUUGUGCUCAUCCCCACGUACCCAUGCCCGGCUAACGAGCGCAUUGGGGAGUGGGGGGAUGGCGGAAAGUGGACUUGCUUGCUGCCAGGCGCCAUUCAGAAGGACCCUGUCGUGUACAGCAUUGGCUGUCACGGGCAGUACUCAUUCGAAGACUCAAUCUACAAGCUUCUGCACGUGCAGUCACACACGUUCGACCCGUUUCUUGAUCCAGCCACCACCACCCGCAUGCAAAACGUCUCCUCCCUCAUCUUCCACCCCAUCGGCCUUUCUGCAAGCUCCGUCCUCCAAAUCUACACCGCCAAGUUCCCUCAAAAGCAGUUCAAGACACUAGGAGGCAUCAUGCAGCUGUUGAAUCAUUCAUAUGUGGACGUGUUCAAGAUUGACUGCGAGGGGUGUGAGGAGGCGCUGAUUACGGAGAUCGGGGCGGCGAAUGGAAAUGCAGCUGCGCAGCUGAGUUUGCACGGGGGCACGCUGCCAUUCGGACAGAUCUUGGUCGAGUUUCACAAAAUGCACCUGCCCCAGGUCACCCUGCCGCUCGUCUACACGUUGGAGAAGCUUGGGUAUCGCAUGUUCAGCAUUGAGUACAACCAGCAGUGCGCGAAAUGCUGCGAGAUGAGCUUCAUUCAUGAGAGCCUCGUGCGGCCAGGUAGUGAUAAGAACUGUCUCCCAUUUCUGGCUUCGGAAGUGUUUGUAAACAAAGAAGAUGCAGAUGCUGUGAUGCAAGAAAAGCUGGGUGCAGGAAGUGACUUGAAAGAAUCAGGUGGAGGAGGUUGA